CUGGCAGUGGGACUGACUUUGAACAGAUACUGAGUGGGCCAGAUUAUCAAGUGUUUGAGAAUGGUACUUUAAGAAUUGUCCGAACAAAACUUCAAGAUAGAGGGCAUUAUCUAUGUCAAGCCAAUAAUGGAGUUGGACCUGGAUUAAGCAAAGUAGUUCAUGUGACUGUUCAUGUUCCUGCACAUUUUGAGAUGGAUGAACAGACAAUAACUGUGAAAAAAGGACAGGAGACUAAACUGUUAUGUGAAGCUAUUGGAGAUAAACCUAUGGCAAUUAUUUGGAACCAGAAUAAUCAUCCACUGAACCCAAUAUCUGAGAAAAGGUAUGCUCUAAAUGAGAAACUGACAAAAAUUGGUAUGGUAUCUGAAAUCACCAUUUUUGAAUCUCGGAGAAGUGACACUGGGAGCUUUGUUUGUCUUGUAACAAAUGCAUUUGGUCACGAUGAGAUUAGACUGCAACUAAUUGUGCAAGAACCUCCAAGUCCUCCUCAAGAAGUUAGACUCAUGGAAAGCAGGAGUAGAUCGGUAACAAUACAAUGGAAUACACCUUAUGAUGGAAACAACCCUCUACUUUCUUAUGUUAUCAUGUUCAAAAAUAAGUCAGAAUCAUGGGAUGGACAAGUUUCAAAUGUAACAUUGAAAGCCACACAGAAGAAAGCAACAAUAAGAGACUUACAUCCCUCGUUUACCUACAACUUUUGUGUUUUAGCACAAAAUGCUUUAGGAUAUAGUGAACCAUCAGCGAUAAUCAAUGUUACAACAAAUGAAGAAGUGCCAGGUGGACCACCAACUUCAGUUACAGCAAAAGCUCUUAAUGAAUCAUCAAUUAAAAUAUUCUGGAAGCCUCCUCCCAGGGUUCUUCAGAAUGGUAGAAUUAAGGGCUAUUACAUAGGAUAUAAAGUGUACAAUUCCACAGAUCUCUACCACUACAAAAACCUAGAGGGAGAUAGAGUGGAGUGUGUUUUGUUUAACCUACAGAAGUUUACUAGAUACAGUGUUUUGGUCCAAGCUUACAACUCUAUGGGAGCAGGGCCUAGAUCUGAUGAAGUUUUAGUGUUAACUAAAGAAGAUGUUCCAGACAAACCUCCUGCUGGUGUUAUUUGUUCUGCUUUGACUUCUUGGAGUUUGCACAUAGAAUGGACACCUCCAUCUCUGAAGUCCAUAAAUGGGAUUUUACAGGGAUUUCAUGUAACCUACAGACCAGUUUUCACAAAGAAGAGUGAUACAGAAAGUCGCAGAGUUGGAAGUGAAGAUUUAACUAUCAACUUAACUGGGUUGGAAAUCUUCACAAACUACAGCAUUCGAGUGGCAGCAUACUCUAGAGUUGGAGAUGGUGUUUUCAGUGAUCCUGUUUAUUGUAGAACACUUGAAGGAGUUCCAGGAGAACCAGCAAACAUUAAAGUAUUUAUCAUGGCUCAAAAUGCCAUUCUGGUUAGUUGGAAGCCACCUUUAAAACCGAAUGGCGAAGUUAUAAAGUAUACAGUAUAUAAGCGAACAAAAAUUGAAGGGAGACAGAAUAUAUCUAAGGCCAUUUUACCAGCAAACCAGUUGACAUUUGAAGCCAGAGACCUAGUACUUGGACAACACUAUGAAUUCUGGGUAACAGCUUCAACAAGUAUGGGUGAAGGUGGCUCUAGUCCAAUUAUUGUACAGACUCCAGAUCGUAGAGCACCAGCAAAAAUAGCUUCUUUUGGUGAUCAGAUUAUAGUUCAGCAACAACAAGAUAUCGAGCUACCUUGUAGGGCAGUCGGUCUUCCAACCCCAUUUAGGGAAUGGAGAUAUAGAGGUCAGCUUGUAAACAAAACUGAUAGAUUAGAGGUAUUUCCUACUGGAACUUUGAGAAUUGAGAGUGUAAGGUUUGAGGAUUCUGGAAAUUAUUCCUGCAGUGUGUGGAACAUAUAUGGGUCGGAUGAGAUUAUAUAUGUGGUAAAUGUAGAAGGUAAGGUAACAUUUUAUCUAUCAUAUGUGUGUGUCUGUAUAAAUACAAGUAUUAGGAAAGAAAUUUAUUGCUAA